AAAGAGGGGGAAAACCCCAAACCCAAAGAAAACCGAGUAUUUCUGCAGUGUGGAAAGUCGGGAUGGAUUAUGGAGGUGUUGAAAGAGAUCCAGCUGUGGGUAAGAGUGCUUUAGCCCAGAUGUUUCGAAGUGAUGGGGCUCAUUUUCAGAAGAACUACACACUGACAGCGGGCAUAGAACUGUUGGUCAAGGCUGUAUCAGUUCCAGAGACAAGUGAUAGCGUGGAAUUCUUCAUUUUUGACUCGGCAGGAAAAGAUCUAUUUUCUGAAAUGUUGGACAAACUGUGGGAACAGCCCAAUGUCCUGUGCCUUGUGUAUGAUGUCACUAAUGAGCAAUCCUUCGACAACUGUAACAAAUGGUUGGAGAAGCUGAAGGCUCAAGCAGUUGGGGUGCACAUCCCAGGUGUCUUAGUGGGGAAUAAAACAGACCUAACUGAUCAUCGAGUUGUGGAGCAGGAACAAGCACAGGAGUGGGCUGAGAAACAUGGCCUGGAAUACUGUGAGAUGUCAGUGAAGGAAAUGAAAAAUUUUGAGGCCCCUUUCCACAUCCUGGCAAAGUUAUUCCACCAACUGUACAAAGAGAAAGUAGAAACUUUUCACUCACUAGCCUGACUGGUAUGAUUUAUUUAUCCACUAAGCUUCUUCUAGUACUGAGAAUCCUUCUGGACUGAAUACAGAGAGAAGAAAAAAUAUGAUCUAUUUGCUACCUCAUGGUCAUCCUCUGGUAAUUCAAAAUAAACUAGAAAUAAGCAAGUGGAAAGACACUCUUCCGAAGCUGCUACCUCAGCAUUCCUUUCAUGUCCUCUAACUUGGUUCUCUGCUCAUUGAAAGUCUGCUAGGUUGAAGGAGGCGGAGAGUAAAAGGGGAGGACAGAAUGGAAAUUGCCAGCUCUUUGCUUUGAUAUCUUUUUGUCUGAACUGACUUCCUGCUGCUAUAAGCAAGGAUUUAGAGGUUUGGAAAAGUAGAGAGGAAGCUGAUAGGAUGUUUUGCGACUUAAGCCAGCCUUGAUACAUACACUGCAGAGGACCGAUUUGGCCCGACCCCUUGGAAAGCAUUUUCAGGAGGGGGCUUAUUGCCCUAAAAUCAACCUGGAGACUGAGAUGUGUGGAGGCAGAGCUGGAUUUAGGUGUGUUUCCAGCAGCGCUCAGAGCUGGAGUUUUAACAGUGUUGCCCUUAUCAGUUGUAGGAUUGAUAGGCUGGUGACUAAUGCACGUUUCUAAUUCCCAGAAUCUGUGUCUUUCCUUCGGCGUGGCUCGCUGUCCCUGCCUGCUGGGAGCUGUGUCGCGUCCAUCCGCUGUCACUUGGUGAUGCAGUGCCCUCUGCUGGUCCCGGGUCACAGGAGUUGUCCAGAGCUGCCACCUCCCUCGAAGGGCGCAGGAAGGGCUUCCUGCAGGCACAUCCAAAUUGGCUUAACUGCAAAAUGGAGUCAAAUUGCAAGAAUUCCUUUCCUAGUCUAAAGAUGAAUCUAAGACUUAUAGAAAAAUACCUUUUAUUCUUCGUGUCUUUAUCAUCUUACGUAUUGUUGUGUCAUUUUUGUCAGCUGAAUUUGGCAAUACUGUUCUGAUUAGGUUGAGUUCUCAAUCUCAAAAUCAGAGCUCUCUUAUUAAAUUCUCUCUGCUUGUCAUUGAAUUUCAGAUAAAAGACCACAGUUCUGAUGUUGCUAGUGGAAACAGGACUAAGGAAAUGAAAGACAGCCUGGCUAAGUUACUCUGACUCAGCUGUGUCUGGCUAGAAGUUUCAUAUUAGAAGGGGUAAAAGCCUAGAAAGAGUUGCUCUUUUCUGUGGAGUAUUGAUGCUGCAUGUGUAAGAGUCUUUGCUAAUGCAGUAUGCAAAAGCAUCUGUGGUAAGCUACUGCUUUGUAACUGAGCCUAACACCAAGAGUUACAAAAAUUUAACCAUUAUCUUCCAGAUUAUGGUAGACUCCCUUGUGCAAGGAAAGCUGAGUUUUGGAGAGACUAAGCACUGAGUGAUUUUUCAGGCAGUCUUUUCAGGAAUCUGUGUUUCAAGACUUUUAUACAUGUACUUUAUAAUCAUUUUUAUGCUCAGUGCUAGGAAAAGUACAUUAAAUUGAACAUAAGAAAUAUGGAUGCAGAUGUUGUAGCAGAGUUUAUGAAGCACUUCAAGAAUCUGGAGGAGCAUUGACCUCAUUUCACUGGCAACAGUGUGUUGAUGCUGGGAGCUCACUAGGGAGCAUGAAUACCAGUUAAGAGGGUGAGUAGGAGCUCAAUCUACAAGAAGUGAAAACAAGAGGUUCUUUUGCUAAAAGCCAACUCAAAAAUGACAGAACAAGCUGGGAAACUUCCUGCUUUCUCCAAGGAAGGAAGGAGUCUUUCAUGAACUUAGGGCAGCUAGAAGACUCAGUCUUUUCUGAAUUGGAUUAGCAUUACUGACAUUUGUAUCUUACAUGGGUUGUCUUGUUAAUCCUGUGUGUUUUCUGUUGAUUUACAGAGGCUGUACAGACUAUUGCUUGCAGGUGCUGGUGUCUCAGACUAGUAAGAAUAAAUGGUAUUUUGAGUGCUGUGUUUAUCUAGUUAAAGAUCUAAAGAAGGUCUGUUUUUAUUUGGGAUCUCAUUUCCCCCUGGUUCUAUUGUCUAUGUGAUCACAAAACAAGACACAUAUUUUUUCACAUUGAAAAUAACAUAGCAAAAGUGUAUGUCACCUCUGACAUGGUGUAUCUAGGGGGGAUGAAUGCCUUGGGAAUAGGUAAUAAAAUGAAUUCUGUGCCAUCUUUAACCAGGGAGUCCAUCUCUCUGCACCUGAAGGACCUCCCAUAACUUAAAAUAAACACUCUAAAUGCACAACUAAGAUGAAGAUUGGUGAAUGCUGUUUUAUAAAAUAAAUGCAAAAGCUGGAGAAGCUCAUUAAGGGAAUGCUUGCAGUCGUGAUUUGUGAUUUAUAGGGAAGCUGCUUUUGAGAAGUUAGUGGAGAAAAAUGCAGCCCAUGCAGGGAAAGAUGUAUUGCCUGAAAGAGGAAAUGUAUGAUCUAAUUAGCUAACAGUAGGGAUUCACCCACUGCCCCUUUCCCUCUUCCACAGGCCACAACUACAAUUAGAAAAGAAGUCAUGUCUAAAGCAUGUUGUCCAACUUGCUUUUUACAGGACUAUUUCAAGCACUAAUGUGGAACACAAUUUAAUGUCCUUCAAAAUAGUGUGUUUGACAAUAACAAUCUCAAUGUGCUAAUGUGCUGUAUGAUACCACCCUGAUGCAAGUGGUGGUUGUUGCUACUUUCCUGGCUAAAUUGUGGCUUUGGUUGUAGAGGCUAGGAGUGAAGAGGGGAUAGAAAACAUGGGAAGAUUGUGGGAAAUUGUUUUGUCUCUGUGUGAAGGAGUUCAGGGUGGUAGGUGAGCUGGUCCAGAAGGACGGGUAAGAGUCUGGAGCCAUAUUAAGUUUCUCUUAUCUGUUUACUAACUGGCAGUUAUGUCUGUAGAGUGAGGAUGCGUGUUUGCUGCUUAUAGGCUUAGCAUCCAAAUCCACAGUGAUUUACAGAUGCUAUGGAGAACAGUGGAGGAAGACAGCCUGUCUGCUGACCAGGAAGCUUGUCUUCUUACAGCUCCCCUGCUUUGUCCAGCUGUGCAAUGCUGCCGGUGCUCAGCACGAGUGUUACCACACAGAAAAGACCCAGCUCAACCAGAACUGAAGUUUCAAAAGGGAAAGGAAACAAACAGGCCUUCAACUGGUUUUAAUAGAUAUGUAGCUCAUUUUCCUGCUUGCUUGUUUGAUUAGACAAAACCAUUUCUUUCCUCCCUGAAGUCCCUUCUUCUUACCUCUCCUUUGGUCCUCAUGGGUCUGCACAGCAUCUCUGUUAUACUUGUGCCCUGCUUUACUUAGCUUGAUACAUUACCAGCUGAUUUUCUUUUUUUUUUUUUUUUUUUUUUUUAAUCCUUCUAAUUUCUGCAUUAUCUAUUCUCAUGGCUGCAAGACAUUUCUUCUUAUAUUAAUAGAGAAAAGGAAACAAAAGUGGAAAUUUUAGUCAAAUUGUCUUGGAAGGAAAAGCCUUAAGAAGCUGUCUGACAUUCUGAAAUUUUACUGGAAAUUCAUUUGUGUAAAGUUGUUAUAUUAAAGAUGCUUUAAUGGUUUUUUUUUGUCUUGCUGGACAUAGUCUACUGCGGAGUGAAAUUCAGGA